GGACAUAGAUUCGAAGCAGAAUUAGAUUGAACAUUUUGGUUCUUGACAACGCUCUCGUUUGAUUUACCGUUUCGAUUUCUUUUCCUGGGUAGCCAUCGUGAUUCGCAGCCCACCGACUGAUUUUUCGAAGCUCAGUGCUCGGUCUCUUAAGCCUUUGUAUCUCGUCAAGUCAAGUCACAGAAAAUGAGGGGAUCCCUUUUCUAUCAGACCAGUUCCCUGUGGAGAAGACAAAGAGCCAAACCCCAUUGUCGUAUCCUAUCAUCUGCUUCCUUUUCUACUGCAGAUCAUGAAGAAGGAGACGGCUUUCUAAGCAAUCCUUCUAAAGUCAAGAUAUUCGACCGCCACCUCAAACGCAAACAGCGUGAUCGAGCUGCGUGGUUGUUGCGUCCCAAUGAUUCCUUUGUACAUGCUGUAGCCGAGAAUCUAGUAGAUCGCUUGGAGGACUGCAGGAAAACAUUUCCUACUGCAUUAUGUUUGGGAGGUUCUUUGCAAGCUGUGAGGCCAUUGCUGCGGGGACGCGGUGCAAUUGAAAAGGUAAUUAUGAUGGAUACCUCGUAUGAUAUGUUAAAGGCGUGCAGAAGUUCUCAUCCCGAUUCCAGUGAUGAAAAUAUUGAAACAUCGUAUGUAGUUGGUGAUGAAGAGUUUCUGCCCAUCAAAGAAAGUUCAGUAGAUUUGAUAGUCAGUUGCCUUGGGCUCCAUUGGACAAAUGAUCUUCCAGGAGCAAUGAUACAGUGUAAACUGGCAUUGAAGCCGGAUGGCCUAUUCUUAGCAGCUAUUCUUGGAGGAGAAACCUUAAAGGAGCUACGAAUAGCUUGCACUGUGGCUCAAAUGGAGCGUGAAGGAGGCAUUAGUCCACGUGUAUCACCUCUGGCACAGGUCAGGGAUGCUGGCAACCUUUUGACCAGGGCAGGUUUUGCACUUCCUGGUGUGGAUGUCGAUGAAUAUGUGGUUAGAUAUAAGAGUGCCUUGGAUCUUAUUGAACAUUUGCGAGCAAUGGGUGAAACGAAUGCUCUUCUGCAAAGGAGCAAUAUCCUUAAGAGGGAAACAGCUGUAGCAACUGCAGCCAUCUAUGAUUCGAUGUUUGCAGCUGAAGACGGAACCAUCCCUGCAACUUUCCAGGUGAUUUACAUGACAGGGUGGAGAGAACAUCCUUCUCAACAGAAGGCCAAAAGAAGGGGUUCUGCCACAAUAUCGUUUAACGACAUUCAAAAGCAAUUAGGAAAUGGGACUUGAUCUCUGCAUUUAUGUGAGCAUUGUUCAUGUGUUUAUGUGAAGAAUAUGUAAAACCGAGAGCUGAGCAUAGCACACAAGCCAGGUAAAGGAAAA